AAUGAAUUCUUGAAUUUGUAAAUCGCGUAUUUGUUGCCACAUAAACGUCGUUGUUUUGUGUAUUCCGAGUGUUUCCAUACACAUCCGCAAUAAAUAUUUACGUUUUCGGAACGGGCUUUGAGAGGGGGCAUAGUUCACGCCACAGAAGCUUUUACAGAGGGGCUGGGCACAAUAUCUUAUCUCAAUCGACCGUCCAACCAAUAUGUCAACGACAAUCGCAAAACAGCUCGAUUAGUGCUUAUACUUGUAUCCGGUCGCUGUGCAUACGCAAUCCCUCAAUACAUUUUAAAUAAAAAAUGGAUAGCUCUGGAAGUGAAGCAGGAGAUGCCAGUAUGGCUGGUCCAUUUGUUGGCGCCAUCGAUGAGGGCACCACAUCGGCUCGUUUCAUGAUAUUUCGUGCGGGUACCGAUGACAUUGUCUGUUAUCAUCAAAUCGAGGUGCCUUCGAUUUUCGUCAAGGAGGGCUGGUGUGAACAGGAUCCGUGCGUCAUUACCAACACUGUCAACGAUUGCAUAGAGGGCGCCUGCCAAAAGCUGGUCGCACUGGGCGGCAAAAUCGAGAAUAUUUUGGCUAUUGGGAUUACCAAUCAGCGCGAGUCGACCGUAGUCUGGGAUCGGCAUACGGGUAAGGCGCUGGCGAAUGCGAUCAUUUGGCUGGACAAUCGCACCACCAGCACCGUCGAGGAUCUGCUGGAGACGAUACCGAACAAUGCGCGCAACAUUAACUAUUUGCGACCGCUUUGCGGCCUGCCACUCUCGCCGUACUUCUCCGGCGUCAAGUUGCGCUGGCUGCGCGACAAUGUGGCCAGCGUGAAGAAGGCAAUGGAUGCCGGCGAUGCCAUGUUCGGCACAAUCGACACCUGGCUGAUGUACAAUCUGACGGGUGGACCCAAGGGCGGUGUGCACAAGACGGAUGUGACAAAUGCGUCGCGCACAAUGCUGAUGAAUAUUGAGACACUGCAAUGGGAUCCCGCAUUGCUCAAGUUCUUUGGCCUGCCCGCCAGCAUUCUGCCAGAGAUUUGCUCGAGUGCCGAGCACUUUGGCACCAUUGCGGCGGGCACACUGCGAGGCAUCAGCAUUGCGGCGGAUCUGGGGGAUCAGCAAGCUGCUCUCGUGGGUCAACAAUGUUUGGCCAAGGGACAGGCGAAGGCUACCUAUGGCACUGGCUGCUUUCUGCUCUACAAUACGGGCCCAUCGAUUGUGCACUCCCAGCAUGGCCUGCUGACAACUGUGGGUUAUCAGCUGGGACGCAAGGCAACGCCUUAUUAUGCACUUGAAGGUAGUGUUUCCAUAGCCGGUGCAGCAUUCAACUGGCUACGUGAUAAUCUGGGCCUGAUACAGAAUACGGCUCAGAUUGAGAGCAUGGCCAGCACUGUGGAUAAUUCCUUGGAUGUGUACUUUGUGCCCGCAUUUAAUGGACUGUAUGCGCCGUACUGGAAUCAGGAUGCACGGGGUGUUCUCUGCGGCCUCAGCGAGGAGACGACCAGCGAGCAUAUUGUGCGUGCCACUUUGGAGGCGGUCUGCUUCCAGGUGCGCGAUAUACUCGACUCCAUGCACAAGGACUGCAAAAUUCCGCUGGCCAAACUGAUGGUCGAUGGCGGCAUGACUGUGAAUAAUCUGUUCCUGCAGCUGCAGGCUGAUCUCGUCGGCAUUCAUGUGCUGCGCGCCAAGAUUGCCGAGACAACAGCGCUGGGUGCUGCUAUGGCUGCCUAUAAGACAGUGGCUCCGCAGUACAAUAUGGAGGGACCGCUGUCCAAGGCGGAUGACCGCAAAGCGAUCAAGUCAAAGAUCAGCUCGACGGAGCGCAAUUUACGCUAUCAGAAAUGGAAAAUGGCCAUUGAGCGUUCCCUUAACUGGGAGACGUCCACGCUGGUCCAAGGCGAACGUGAAUCCUUCGAUGGUGCCUAAGCCAAGUUUUUCUUUCAAAUCCAAUUGAAAAUCCAUGGCAAUGUGUAUUUAAUUCAAUAAAUAAGGUUAUUUUCCAAUCAGAUAAACUAGGCGACUAAAUAGAAUCAUCACUGAAAUUUGACAAAUCCA